CUCGUGGCGUUUCAGUUGUCGUUUCGCACGCGCACGAGAUACUUUAAGGCCCCUCAGUACCCCACUCCUAUUCGCAAUCUCACCUGUUGGAGAGGAAAAAAAAAAAAGUAACAGUCCCAAUUACAAUCGGGUAAACAUACGAGCGAUACGUGAAUAAUUUACGCUCUGAUUAAUUCGUAAGGCAUAAAAGUUUGUACAAAGUUUUACAACAUCGAUUAUAACCGAUUUAUUCACGAGUGUGAGGCCCGAAAAUUGGUUUUGUGGGCCCAAUUGUUCGAGAAACAGUAGGUUCCCUGGAGAAAUCGGUAGUUCCUGGAUUAUGACUUAAGAAUAAAAAAUAAUCACCGAAAGCUGAGAUAAUUUGUCAUAGUGUUUUAAAAAAAAGUUGGAAAAUCCAUUGAAAAAUCAAAAUGUCGGAGAGACGUGGCCCCAAGGCCCUUGAGCUCUGGUGUAGACGCAUAACGGACGGUUAUCCAGGAGUUAACGUGCAAAACAUGACCACCUCGUGGCGAGACGGUCUUGCUUUCUGUGCGAUGAUUCAUCACUUUCGUCCCGAUCUCAUUGACUUCAAUAGCCUGAACAAGGACGACGUGUAUGGCAACAACGAGCUGGCCUUCAGAAUCGCCGAACAACAUCUGGGCAUCCCUGCACUACUUGAUGCUGAGGACAUGGCCUCGUGCUCUGUACCAGAUCGAUUAUCAAUUUUGACUUAUCUCUCACAAUUUUAUCAGCACUUUGGUGGUUCAUCACCGAGUAGACUAGCCCUCAGAUCGGCUGAGAACACGAGCCAAGGAAUGACACCGGUAACUGAGUCCCCACAGCCAAAGGUAAUGUCCCGUCUGGCUAUGCGUCGGGAGGUCUGCGCGGUGUGCACCCUGCCGGUAUUUCUCGCCGAAAAAUUGGUCAUAACCCGUCGCACGUAUCACCGAACGUGUUUCAAAUGUGCCCGCUGUACCAAUCAACUAACACCCGGAAAUUUCUACGAAACUGAGGAAGGUGACUUCUGCUGCGAGACAUGCCCCGAUGAAGAUAAAUCAACUCCCCUAUCCUCACCAACUUCCACCGCCCUAUCAACUCCUUCAAUACCAUCGACUCCUCUACCCACCCCUAGAUCACUGAGUGAUGAAGAGAAGACGAAAAAAAAUCAUGAAAAUCCAUCAAAAACAACGCGUAUGAGACUUGAUUUUAUGUCCCAUCAACUCGAAUCAUCAACCGUUGACUCAGUUCCCGAUCAUCCUCCACCCCCAAUCCCCCACGAUCCACCAAUCAGUGAAUCACUUGACGAGUGUCGUCAAUCCCCGAGAGACAAUUUACCCCUUAAUUUUACCGAUAAUAAUGAUGUUGAUGUAACAAGUGUUGAAUUAAAUGUUGACGAUAAUGUUGUAAUUGUGUGCAAGGAUACCAAAGAGACACUUGGCGUUGAUAGUGACAAUGAUGAUGUUGAUGAAGCCAGUCAGUGCCUUUCAAUUGUACAGAAGAGACUCAAGAUGUUUGAGAAAAUUGGUGUUGAUGAGGUGUUCGUGAAAAAUACUAAUUUACGUCAAGUUGAUAAUGACAUUGAUAAACAAAUUGAUAAUGACUGUGUGGAGCCCGAUUCGUUAGAAUUAUUGGAUUCAUCCCAACAAAUUGAAAAAUCAGUUGAUAACAUUGAACAAAUUAAAAACGUUGAUAAUUCUGAACCUGUUGAUAACAACAAAGAUGUUGAACUGUUGACCGCCGACGGAAUUGAUCUGAGCGUGGAAUAUCCCGAGGACAUGAAUCCAUUCAACAGCGAUGACGACGACGAUGAUAACAACAAGGUUGAUGUCCCCGAGCUGUUGAAAACCCCCAAAGUAUCGACGAAUCCUUUUGGCAGUAGCGAAGACGACGAUGAGGAGAAAGUACCGACACCCGCAGCUAGACGAAGAACGGAAUCAGUGGAGCCGGUGAAAAGGAGACUCCAGGCACCUCAUAUCAAUCUCAACCCUUUUUGGAGUGAUGAGGAAGAGGGGGAGAGUGAUGAUGAAGCGCCCAAGGUGAUUCCAGUUCCAAAACCAAGAACAAUAAGGGAUAUUCCUGGAAAUUUAGAACGCACUGGAUUGUAUGCCUCCAGCAGUUCGCUGGCAAGUACCAGUUCCACAACUACAACACCCGGGGGUACAUACAGAAAGAGAAAGCCAGCACCACCACCACCAGUUUGUAAUGAACGAGGCCCAACGAUUAUAUCCGAUAUUAAAUCACCACAGUCUUCACAUAAUUCACCAGUAAAAACACCGAGGGCGAGAAAAUCGAAGCCAGCCCCACCUCCCCCACUUCCCACGAGCCUCUUAUCAACCCUAUCCCUGUCGUCUACUCCCUCCUGGGAGGAGGAGAAAAUUUCCAAGAAUCAAUCGAACAAAUCAAAACAGUCUCAGAGAUCUCCUCCACCGAUUGACGAAGACGACUCUUUCUCCUACACUGACAAGAGUACACAGGGCAAAUGGAAGCGUAAAAAGGGCCCAGCACCGGCCCGUCCAGUUCCACAAAGGCGUAAGAUCAAGGUGAUGUCAAUGAAGGAUGUGAAAUUAGAACUAGACGAGAUAGAAAUGCAGCAACAGGGACUCGAGAGACAGGGGGUGAGACUUGAGCAGUUGAUAAGAGACAGAUGUGAGAAUGAUCAUGACAAUGAUCCCCCAAGAGUUGAUAACAUGACAAUGGAUGUUGAAGAGCUCGUUCUCGAGCUCUUCUCAUUGGUCAACGAGAAAAAUGAAUUGUUCAGGCGACAGGCGGAGUUGAUGCUGUUGAAGAGACAGCAGAGACUCGAGGAGGAACAUGCCGACAUUGAGUAUCAGAUAAGAUGUCUAAUGUGUCAACCAGAGGCCACUAAGACUGAUUUUGAUAAGCAGAGGGAGGAGAAGCUCAUUCAAAGGCUUGUUGAGAUUGUUGAGAGGAGAAGUGAAAUUGUUGAGUGCCUGGAGAUGGACAGACGGAGGGAAGUGGAGGAGGACAAGAGCAUCAACAUGCAUAUGGGACUUUAUGCAGCUAAAAGUAAAGGAGAUUUGACGAAAGAUCAAGAAUUUUCACCGAAACCUCAUAAAUCCAAAAAACUGAAGAUCAAGGGAAUAAUUCUCGACAAACAUCUGAAAAAAAUACACAAGAAAGAUGCUGACAAGGACGUGGAUGAGACUGAAGUCAAGAUUAAACGUCAAAAUAAAAAAAAAUGGUUCUAGUAUCAUAUCAGUUAGCACACUCUCAUGAAACAUCCAUGUGAAAUGUAGAAUCUCAAAUUUAUGUUUUAAGAGUCAAAUCAAUAUUUAAUACAUCAAUUUUUUUUUAUACAUAAUAUUUUUCCUCGAUGAUACCCUUUGUAUUUUGUAUUUAUGGAAUAAUUACUUUCUUUUUUCGUAGUUUAUGUACACUGUAGUUGAAUAAAUGUAAGUUUAAAAAUAA